GUGUCUUCCUUUUCUCGUGUGCUUCGUUGGAAGAGGAGUCGAAAUGGGCCGACGACCAGCUAGAUGCUACCGCUAUUGCAAAAAUAAGCCGUACCCUAAAUCUCGGUUUUGCCGUGGUGUCCCUGAUCCAAAAAUUCGUAUAUUUGAUUUGGGAAGAAAAAAAGCUACAGUUGAGGAUUUUCCCCUGUGUGUUCAUUUGGUUUCUGAUGAAUACGAACAGCUGAGUAGUGAAGCUUUGGAAGCUGGACGCAUUUGUUGCAACAAGUACUUGGUGAAGUACUGCGGUAAGGACCAGUUCCACAUCAGAAUGCGCCUGCAUCCAUUCCACGUCAUUCGCAUCAACAAAAUGUUGUCGUGCGCUGGAGCUGAUAGGCUUCAAACUGGAAUGCGAGGAGCGUUUGGAAAACCGCAGGGCACGGUUGCUCGAGUUCGUAUUGGUCAACCCAUUAUGUCUGUCCGCUCUAGCGAUCGUUACAAGGCUCAAGUUAUUGAAGCUUUGCGGCGUGCUAAGUUUAAGUUCCCUGGACGUCAAAAGAUCUAUGUUUCAAAGAAGUGGGGAUUCACCAAAUACGAACGUGAGCGUUAUGAAGAACUUCGCGAUGACAACCGCCUUGAGCCUGAUGGUUGCAAUGUGAAAUACCGCCCAGAGCAUGGCCCGAUUGCCGCAUGGGAAAAAGCUCAGCGUGAUGUUUAUGCUUAAUAACACAUUGAAAUAAAAUGUCACUUAAAGUUUCGUAACUCAGAAACAAUAUACAAAAUUACCAUUUCCUGAGCACAUAUAUAUAUGCGUUGCUUUUUGGUAGGAAGCUCAGAAUGCCCUUUGUAUUGUUUUAACUUUAUUAUUUCGCAGCAGCAGAUUUGCUUUCGUAGAAAGAAAAAAAGAAAGAUUGUUUUAAGCGUGUAGAAAAGGUUAAUUAGAUUAAAAGCAAAUUGAAGGUAAUACGGGUCCGACUAGAAUGGGUACUCCUUUUCUCGUUUUUAUUGCGUUUCUAUAUACAUAAUUAUAUACAAUUUUAUACAUCUUUUUACAAUCUCAAGCAACAACACGAUUGUAGGUAUUCUCUGUCGAUUCGGAAACAUUUUAUUACCCAGUAAUUUGGAAUUUAUUUUUUGAGUCUCUAAUUUCUUUGGAAACCAAUUAACCAAAGACAGUUUCAAAAUAUACGAGCGUGAUCUACAUUUCAAAACGGGCGCUCUAAAAGUAUCCAACUUAAAUUGUAUUUG